CGCUGACGAGGCGCUGAAACCCACGUGUGGAGGAAGACAAGUUUGCAGUCGUUGGCAUAAACACGUAGUUAGCUUCCACAUUUUCUUCAAGGAGGGCUUUGAAUUGGUUGACUUUUUAGAAUGAAUUCCCCCAUUAAUUACGACGACGAACCUGCCCCCACAAAAGUUCAUGCCACCACCAUGUCCUCGUACACCUGCAUCAGCUGUCGUGUGGCCUUCGCAGAUGGUGAGGUCCAGCGAGCCCACUACAAAACCGACUGGCACCGUUACAACCUGAAACGCAAAGUUGCCGUCAUGCCCCCUGUGACUGCAGAGAACUUCCAGGAGCGUGUGCUGGCGCAACGGGCCGCCACCGAACAACAGGUGACUGGCGCCACUGUCAGCGAGGGCUGCCCCACGUGCAACAAGAAGUUCUCCAGCUCCAAUGCCUACCAGAACCACCUGCAGUCCCACAAGCACCAGCAGUUAGAGAAGCAGGCCCUGCUGGCAGCCCAGAGGAAAGUGGAGAUGAUGAAUGAGAAAAACCUGGAGAAGGGCCUCGGGGAUGACGGCAAGGUGGACCACAAUGCCAAGAACGAAGCGCUGCAGCAGGCCCUAAAGCCGCCACAACGGCCCAAUCCGGAAAAUGCCCAGGCUUCAGAAGUGGAGGGGCCAGCAGCGAAUAAGGCCAAGCCGGAGAAACCGCCCAGGCUGCAAUGGUUUGAGGGGCAAGCUAAGAAGAUGGAGGGAGAGGAAUUGGCCACAGCAGAGGAAGAAGAGUGGGAGGACGUAGAUGGCGACAAUGACAUGGAUGAUGAUGACUUCGAGGAAGAUGCUGACGAAACCAUGGAGCACGAGGAAGGGGAUGGUGCUGCUUCGGCCUCUCCCCACUCCGCCGUUCUACCAGGGGCCAUCCCCCCCACAGACUGUUUGUUCUGCCCCCACCACUCUCACUCACUCCUCAAAAACCUGGCUCACAUGACAAAAGUGCACAGCUUCUUCCUGCCUGACCUGGAAUUUCUAAUCAACCUCAAGGGACUAAUUUGCUACCUGGGAGAGAAAGUGGGCGCUGGUAAGGUGUGUUUGUGGUGUAACGAGAAAGGCCGCUCCUUUUACUCCACUGAGGCAGUACAGGGCCACAUGACCGACAAAAGCCACUGCAAGCUCUUCACCGACGGAGACGCAUCGCUAGAGUUUGCCGACUUCUACGACUUCAGGACAAGUUAUCCUGACCAGAAAGAGGGAGAUGAUGCUGAGAUGGAGGAUGAAGAGUUGCCGGACGGGAAGACCAUAGACUACGAUGAUGAUACGCUGGAGCUCACCCUUCCUUCAGGUGCUAAGAUCGGCCACCGCUCUCUGAUGCGAUACUACAAGCAGCGUUUUGGCGCACCCAGGACUGUGGCGUUGGCCCACAACAGGAACGCAGUGGGGCGGGUACUCAGGCAGUACAAGGCCCUGGGCUGGGGCGGAGACAUGGGUAAAAACUCUUUCCAUCAGAACCAGAAGGACAUGAAGUUUGUCCAGAAGAUGAAGUCAAGGUGGAUGCUGAAGAUAGGCAUGGGCAACAACUCUAACAAACAGACCCACUUCAGGCUCCAAGUCAUGUUCUAGUCCCUAGACAGAAAAUGCAGCGUCAGACCCCCUUAUACCUGAUUCUCAUAUUAGGACAGUCCCUAAACCUUUUACGGCUAAUGUCUUUUUCCCCGUUCAAAGAUGUCUGUUGUAAACAUUCAGCGCUCGUUAUAUCUGCUGCAUAUUGCAAAGGACUUCACCAUGAAAUAAUUAUUUUCAGAGCCGUUAAUAUUUACUGGAUAUGUCAUUCUAUUCAUGAUCCGAGGUCAUAUACAAAAUACUGAGUUACUGUUUUGUAUUUUGACAAAUGGCUGUAUAUUUCACAUCAUGAAAUUCUGACUUGGGUUUUUCCCCCCAGCAAGUAAUUGUUUAUAAAAUACAAUUGAGGUUGAGUAAUAAACAUUAAGGAAUUGUUA